AGACAGACUUUUUUGUUUUUGCCUAACAUGGCUUUUUUAUAGUAAAGGUUGCAGACCCCUGCAGAGACAUUUACUUUUUUAUGCUCUUUCAGUUGCCCCAACUACCUAUAUAGUCUUUCAGAUUCAAAUAUGUCCAGAUGUUUUCUCUCUUCAUGAUCUCUGUGAAAUCAUCACAAGCUGCAGUGGACAAAUCUAGGCUACUCGUCCAUAAUAAAUGAAGGAUUCCCAGUUUGAAUGAGGUUUAGUGUGUCCUGAGAGGCUCACUCAUUGGAGGAGAUUGGACGAGCAACGUAAGCGCUCCUCUUGAAUGGGAAAAUAGCAGAGGGGGAAAAACCACACACACACACAGCAGGCUGACAGUCGCACUGAGACACACACACACACACUCACACACGGACUGAGUCUCCUGAUGUAGCCACAAGAAGAGGACCUCAUUAUCAUUUUUGUGGAGUAAACGCAUCUUCGUCAUCAGGAGUUGUUUUUUAAUUACAGGAUCCGCGUCAUCUUGAGCCGUGCGCGCAUUCCUCAGCAGGAUCCAAGCAUCUCCAAUCGCACAUGAUUUCUGCUCUCCACGAGAGCGUUGUUUAUUAAUUUCCCUCUGCCCAGCAGAAAGCUCUCAUAGUCAUGCUUGAGCGGCGACUGGCGAAGCGUCUCAUCUGAAAUUCUUGUAUUUCAAAAAAGAAACAUGGACCAACAGCAGCUCUCCAAACCAGAAUGCAAAAACAUGGAUGCGUGUCUGAGGCGACUGAAGCAGGAGCUGCUGUGUAUGAAAGAAGCUGGAGAUGGCCUCCACGCUCAGAUGAAUUCAAUGAUGGGAGCCCUUCAGGAACUCAAGCUCCUUCAGGUCCAGACAGCGCUAGACAACCUCGACAUUUCUGGUCGGCCCAUUAACCGAGGACUCCCACAUCCAGCUCCUCCAGAAGUAUCAGUCACAGCGGCUUCAACCUUUAGCCAAACCAUGCACGAGGAGCCCAGCCCAAGCCCGAGCCCGAUGACAAGUUCAAGGCCGUCUCUGGAGAGCAGAAACACCUUCAGCCGAGAGGACAGGAGCCUGUCUCGUAACAGAAGCAGCCUGGGAACCUCAUCUUCCUCGGCAUCCAGCCUCGAGAGUGAGAGCGAGGAAAGUGAAAGAAGCGCACGGAGCGCGAGAAGCGAGAACAACCUUGAGUCUAUACCCAAGAGGUGGUCGGGAUACUCUGCCCCGCAGGUGGAUUUCUACGGACCAAUGGUGGGAAACCCUCCACCGGAGGCCUACCCUCAGCCACAGGCUCCCCGUCGUGCUCAGGCAGUGGACCUGCCUGGGAUCCUGUACAGCCUCUCCAGAGAAGGCCCUUCAUUGGACAGUGACUACUCCCAGGACAGCACAGAUGACACCAGCGACUGGACUUCUUCUCUCAUGAGCCGCAGCCGCAACCGUCAGCCCUUAGUGCUGGGCGACAACGUCUUCGCCGACCUCGUGGGCAACUGGCUGGACCUGCCCGAGGUGGAGAGGGAAGAGGGGGAAGAGGAGGAGAGGAGGAAGAGGAGUCAGGAGAGCAUAGCCGACGGAGGGGCUGACAGGCCGGACACCCCAGCUCACCCUCUUCGCCUCAGUCGCUCGCAGGAGAUCUGCAGGAAGUUCUCGCUAACCACAAACAUCUUCAAGAAGUUCCUGCGCGGCGUCCGGCCCGACCGGGACAAGCUGCUCAAGGAGAGGCCCGGCUGGAUGGCUCCUGAGCUGACAGAGGGAGACCUCUUCAAAAGGCCAAAGAAAGCGGCUCCCAAAAGUUCAAAAGGCAGCUUCUACCUGCCCUUUUGGGCAAAUGGACAGCAGGGCAAAGGCAGGCCGUGUCCUCAUCUAGCUGAAGCAGAGAGGAACCACCACCACUUCCCCCAGGUCCACCAGCAGCCAUUUGCUGGGAUUUAUUUAGACAGGAGACAGCCAGAGACUGGUCUGGAGAAAAUGCAGCCCUUGUUUGACUACAACACAGCUGUGUGGGUCUGACAGGGAGUCUCGGGCCAACAGGCUGCCAGUGAUGCCAAACUGAGUGAGUGACAGGUGCUGGGGGGAUUUGGGCUGUGCUGGAGGGGGAACGAAUGAAUGACUGAACCAGAGGCUUGGAUACAGUUAUCUUCCAAAAAUGAACCGAUGAACUUCACACCCACAACGAGAUUAUCAGGGCAACAUUUUGUCUGACAAUCCUAAACCUUGUUUGCAGUGUGUGUCUGGGUGUGCGAGUGUGUGCUGCAGAGUGUCUGAGACAGACAUUUUCAGAGAAACCUAUGCUGCAAGUUUUGUAUUAUUCAAAUUUCUUCUUAUAUGUGUGUGCAUGUAUGACUGCGUUCUCUGGGUGUCUUAAAAGACGGUACUUUGACAUCUUUCUCAGAAUGUCGCCAUCAUUACAGAUCUUUAUAAAAAUAAUCCACGGACUUUUUUCCACUGCUAUGCUGCAGGACUCUCAUACAUCUCACUUCUUUGCAACUAUGAAUAGAAACACCAACUGUUGGAUUGCAUGGUUACCGUUUUUUAUAAGUGAUGCUACAAACAGCUGUUACUGAACGCACUGCCACUAAACACAGUCAUAAGCUCACUUUUGUUUCCAACAGGCCUGGACGCCUUGGAAACUCAGGUUUAACAAACUGAACCCGUCGGUCUCAUUCGCCUUUGCUCAGGGAAUGAAUGUUACACAGGAGUAAAACUAUGAGACACUGCCGCAUUUAAAUGGGUUUAGAGAAGUCUUGCCUCAUCUCAUCUCGCCUAUAAAAGACGUAACAGCAAUACAGUGCAUGUCUAGUUCAAAGAUUGCACAUUCAACUUUGAGAUUUGUCCCUCGUAAUCAGCAACGUUGUGCUUGCCGUCAUGUUAGAAAUGCUCGUUUUUUCUUCUCUGCCGUGUAGACAUGGCACAUGUUGAGUCAACUGUCAGUCCGCAGAGAGAGGAGGGUAAAGAUGGCACAGCCAACCAUGAGUACUGACUGACUGAAUGCCAUCUGGUACCCGGUCGUUAUGUAAAGCUCGUUCGCCACGGCCUCGAAGAAGAUGCAAAACGGGCUCGUUUAAUCCCAAAGCGUUGAGGAUGAACUGAAUUAUGAUGUUACAUACUGUAUAUACACACAUACACAUACAUCACAUGGCUGUAACAGUGAUGAGACAGUUGAGAGUGGAGGUAAAGACCCGUAAUCUCUAUCAGACAGGAUCAACGUACAGAACAUUGUACAUAUUCUUCAUCAACCAAACGGCAGCAAUAACGAACAUUUACUGUAAUAUCCAAUCGCAUGGUUUCAUUAUACUGCACAGAUAAAUACGUCAUAGUAACAUUACAAUAAACAAUAACGCCACAUGUGUUUUUAAAAUCACAAACCGAUGAGUUAAACUUACAGUAUCUAUUCUCUUAUAUCAUAAUAAACAGUUUCAGUGUUUUUCAUUUCAAGCAGCAUCAUAACGUUAAUCAAGUUAAAAAACAAACUACAGCUUUCUUCACUUAAAUAUCAGGAUUCCCUCAGGAUUAUAGAUGACACUGCCCGCUCUGACCCAAAAUACUUUGUUUUUAUAGAGGACCACUGUUAUGCAAGGACAAUCUGAUACUCUAACUUAUUAUUGAAGUGAAAAAAACACAGUUAAUUUCAUUCAGUUUUCAAUUGGGAUCCCAGACCAAUCAACUUAACCAGCAGGGAUUAGGCCUGAGGUCUUUUGAGUGUCUUGGCCAUUCGAUUCCAUAUGGUGUUGUCUCAGUAUUCAGGUCAAUACAUACUGUACAUUCAGAGGGUCCAACACACACAGACAGUUUCUGCUACGAUGAGGCACAGUCUGAGAUGUCAUCAUACAGUGUGUGUGUAUGUAAAAUGUUUAUUUCUUCCUAUUUACAGUUGUCUAAGUGUCAUUUUUCAGCACUGUUGUUGAUAUUUUUCAUCAGGGUUCUGCGAACCCUCAGUAGUGAUUCUAUGUCAUGUGCACUGUAAAACUGUCACUGACUCUUUGUAAAUUAAAUCGGUUUUCAAAAAGAAA